AUGGCGGCAGCGAAAGUAGCAACGCUGCCACACACAAUCCCUCUUGCUCGCUAUCUAUGGGAGAGGAUCAAGCAGGUCGGCAUUUCAAGCAUCUUCGGCGUGCCUGGAGACUUCAACUUGACUCUUUUGGAUCACAUUUACCAUGUCGAUGGCUUGGACUGGAUAGGCAAUACCAAUGAGCUCAAUGCGGCCUACGCUGCGGAUGGCUAUGCUCGCGUCAAGAACGGUGCGGCUUGCGUCGUAACCACCCAUGGCGUUGGGGAGUUGUCGGCGCUCAACGCCAUCGCUGGAGCCAUGACGGAACAGGUCAAGGUCAUCCACGUCGUAGGUCAGACAUCCCGCGAGAUGCAAGCCCAGCGCAUGAUGAUCCACCAUUCCAUUGGCACCGCUCCGGAUCACCAGGUGUUCAAUGAUGCGAGUCGGAAAUUUCGCGUUGCCGCCGCCGAGCUCCACAAGGCUUCAGAUCAUGCAGGAGAGAUUGACCGCGUGCUUCGAGAAUGUUUUGUAAAAUCGGGACCCGUCUAUAUCUUCUUUCCGACCGACCUCGUAGAUCACCCAGUCCCGUCAAGGCUUCUCGAUACGCCCGUCAAUCUGACACCGCCAUGUGAUUCGGCGCGUUUGGAUCUUGCGACGGCGGCGAUUUUGGAUGCUCUAUAUGCGAGCAAGCGUCCGUCGCUGUUCGCUGACUGCUUGGUGCGGCGGCAUGAUGCUGUCUCGGAAUGUCGUCAACUCGCAGAGGCGAUGGAGAUCCCUAGCCUCACCUCGAACAUGGGCAAAGGCAUUAUCGAUGAAACCCUCUCAUACUAUAUUGGAGUCUGUAACGGAGAUGCUUCAACGCCCGGCGUGAAGUCAGCCAUGGAGUUGAGUGAUCUCCGGCUCAUAAUGGGCAGUCUUCCCUGUGACACUAACACCGGUGGCUUCUCUCGUCCUGCCGACCCCGUCGUAGACAUAUACGUCAACCCGAAUGAGGUCGUGAUCAGUGGCCGAGCGCCAAUCAUCGUUCCCAUCAAGAAACUUUUACAGUCCCUGAUUCGAGGUCUCGACAGCUCAAGGUUGCGGCGCCCUGAGAGAAUCGAGCUUCCCCAGGACUUUGUUGACGACGAAGCUGAGUCUACUCGCAUCACACACGCUUGGCUGUGGGAUCACCUCUCGCAGGCCUUUCUCGAACCAAACGAUGUCUUGUUCGGCGAAUCAGGUACGGCGCAAUACGGUAUACCCGGUGCGACCUUCCCAUCCAAUAUACAUUGGAUCUCCCAGAAUUACUACAGCAGUAUCGGAUUUGCGACCCCGGCGGCUUUUGGGGCUGAUCUGGCGUUGCGGGAGAUGGCCACUGCUCACGACCGGCCUCGGGGUCGAACCAUCCUGGUCUCCGGGGAUGGCAGUUUGAUGCUCACGGUCCAGGAAAUCGGCAACAUGAUCAAGCACAAGACGGCGCCGGUGAUAUUUAUCAUCAACAACUCGGGCUACACCAUCGAGCGAAUCAUUCAUGGCGCCCAUCAAAGCUACAAUGAUGUUGUCCCCUUCAAUUAUGAGCACAUGCUAGGAUUCUUCAACAUGUCUCCAGUCGAUGCUGCGAAGAACUUCCACAGGGUCAGCACGCGAGCUGAGAUGGAGAGCGUCCUUCGGGUGGAAUGUAUACGCUCGCCGCAGGCGGUGCAGGUGGUUGAGGUCAUCAUGGAUAAGGUGGAUGUUCCGUGGCGGCUGAGCGCGCAAGUCGCCAUGCGAAAAGAUGAGGCCGAUCUCCGCGCGAUGACCGAGGCCGGGUUCAAGGUGCAUCAAGCGUCCAAGGGUAAAAGUAUCUGGCACUGA